UUUGCAAUUAUUUUCGUGGUUCUAGGUUGCUAGAAUUCAGUCAAAGUUUCACCACAUCCAUGUAAUAUGACGGAUGAAGGAGGUAAUAAUUUAAUUGCAGACCUUUUUAAUGGAAUACCGGCUGCGAAUAUGGAUGCUAGAGAGAAACAUUCAAAAUAUUGCAAACUUUUCGGUGGAAUCUACUUCCUGCUUACUGUCGGUUUCCUAUCUAUUGGAGUAGUUUUGGUCUUUUACCUUCCCAAAAUAAAUAAGAAUGUGGAAACAAGUCAAACAGGACCCCAGAUGAGUUCUUGCUUUGACCUGUUACAGCAAAAAGUCAACAUAAACGCCAGUGGAAUAUAUCUCAUUAGACCGAAGGAAAACUUUGAUGAAUUUAAGACAUACUGCGAUAUGGAAACAGAUGGAGGUGGUUGGACACUCGUUGCAAGCAUACACGAGUCAGAUAUUAACAAGAAAUGUGAUGUAUAUGACCGAUGGGCCCAUUACGCAUCAUUUGAUGUAGCUAAAGAUAAAACUAACUGGGAAAACGAAAGAAUUUUUGGUGAAGUUCAAACAUGUACAGAAGAUGAUUACAAGAAUAUGGGAUACUUUGCUUUAAAUACAAAUGAUGUCAUGAUUUGGCACGUUCCAGUCGAAACACCAUUGACUGAGAUGAAAGUACGGGCAAAACUUCGCUACCGGACAACAAACCAUUUUCUUCAGAAAAGUGGAGGAAAUUUGAAGACUUUGUUUGACGAAAGUUAUCCAUUGAUAUUAGACAAAGAAUAUCGGGAGGCGGACAAGGCUCUUCCAGAUCAGAGGACUAACGAUGUGAUGAAAACCCUAAUCAGUCAUUCUGCUGAAAUCAUAGCAAGCAUACCAAACUGGUACACUUACCAGUAUCCCAUUGGAGACACGGGUUCAAUAAAUGACACCAAACUAUACUAUUCACAAGGCAAUCAGGUGAAGUUUAGCAGCGACACGGAGAGUACACCAUACAUGACGUAUGGCCAAAAAUACAGUUUGUCUGGAGAAGAAAUUAUUGUUAACUCAGAAAAAUCUCAACCUUUCAUUAUGGCAACUGCAAUUUAUAAUCACAAGAAUCAUAGCAGCUACUUCGAAACAACUAUUUAUUCAAGCCCUGGUGCUGGAAGCACAGACGGAUACCGCAUCAAAGAAGGAGAACCUUUCGAAAGUCAAGUAUCUGCAGAUGAUUUUCAGUUGGAGUACAGAGCAAUUCAGCGUUCAAGUGACACUUCUCCCACAAUCUAUGAAUUCCAUUUUGUUGCUCACAGUCAAAAGAUUUGGAAAUCUGUUCCACCAAAGACUUUCAAGUUAGAAUCUCAAGACUCUAAGGGUUCAACAUAUCGCGUUACAGGAAGCCCAACAAACAUAGUAAUGGGAUAUAUGCUUCUCACGAGGUUACCUAACUGGACGUUUGACAAGAGCGAAGCAGACAUCGUCGCAAACAUUGUACUGGGAAGUUUAUCUAAGAUGCCUGAUUUUUUUAUAGAAAAUACCAGUGAACAAGGAUUUGUGACGCCGGUCACGUUCGACAAAGGAAACGCAGAAACAAUAUUGCAAAUGGUUCCACCAAAAUUUCAGUCAUCAGUAGAACCGGGAUUUCUUCAGUUCCGUGCUUACAAUCUGACAGGAUUUCCCAAUGCACUAUGCCCUGGACUAAGAAUGAGAUCGUUUGAACCAGAAUACUUCUGUGUUGGAGGAUUGUCGGAAGAUAUGGGACACUAUGGAACUUGUGGGGACUUUGCUGGUUGGGCAGGAAAUCAAGGCGACACCAUACAGCCAGGCAGCCCCAGUGGCAAUGCUCACUCGAUGAGUGAUAUAUCUUCUGUUAUUCUUAUAUUUUAUCGAUAGUUAAGAUGAAAGAAAUUCAGGUUUCAGAUAUAAUAUUUUAAUUUACCGCCUAAUAUUAUGAAAUUUGUGAUUAAUAUCUAAGUGUUAAUGAUUUGUACCUGACGUUUGAUUGUUCAUUAAUGUGAAAUGAUUUGAUAUUUAUGCUAAUACUUUGCCAUCUUCAUGGCAGAGUUACAGUUUAAAUAUAUUUUGUGAAACAAAAAAUCGUAUGAAUAGAACUAAUGACGUGCUGUGCUACUUUUGAGUGUAGCAUAUAGCGAUCAUGAGUAUUAAGUCACUGUAAAGUCAUAUAUUUUUGCUACUUCAAAAAAAUUCAGCAACAACCGGCUCCAGAUUGAUCAAAACUCGACUCAAGACUUUUAAUCUCUGUUAAAAACUCCGAAUCCUUGUUCUUCUCCCGAGUCGUGUUUUAAAAAGAUUCAAUUUUGAACAAUUUGGCGUUUGUAUUCCAUUCCUAGUUUUAGUUGAAGUUUUCGACGCCGACUUGGGGAUAUAGGACCAUUAGCGGGUAAUUAAACAUGUGGAAUUUAAAAUUGCAUCCCCAACUCUGUAUGCGACAACACAUUACAUGUCGACUAUAGGCACGAAUGCAUAUCUACAAAUGCCAUUUCCUGCUUUAGGUGGUCAGGCAAAUUCAAUUUGAACUCGACUUUUUAUAGCGUUUAGUGAUUGAUUUGAUUGAUGAAUAUCUGUCUCUCAAAAGAAAAACUAGAAUAAAACUCUUGUUGUUUGUAUCAUCGUUGCUAUUUAAUAGAUUCCAGCAUUUUUCGAACUUUUCGUGUAAUGCGAAUAUUUCUACUAAUAUGUUCUCCUCUAGGAUGCUAACUAGCCUAUGAUUCCUGAAGGAAAAAUGUAUUGCAUGUAAAUUUUACCUUCUCAAUUGUAGAUUUUUUUUCUCAAGUUAAAAUUGACUACAAAUUGUAGCGGUUUUGUUGUGCUCCUGGCUUAGUUUUUUCUUUUUUCGUUUUAAUCAAUAACCUAUCUCAUUUCCAAAUCACUUCUUAUUUUGAUUUAGUUUAAUAAAUAUAUAGAAUUUUGCAAUAUAACCUGUUUAAAAUAGAAGAUUGGGAUCUAUCGUGUAGCCUAUGCCUGAUGAUAUUUUUUUUUAAUUUAAGACCAAUGUCAGGUUUACCGUAAAUGACAUUUCCUGAGUUUUAUGUCUUUUAAUUUUCCUAAUUCAGCACAUUUGAAAGAUUUUUACAAAAAUCGAAAUUAUUUGUUUAAAAAAAAUUAUAUCAAGAAAUGUUUCCAAACAUAUGCUACUACUCCCAUUACGAUCCCUAUUUUAUGACUAUAAUUACUGUUAAUAUAUUGAAACUAGAGUAGGCUAUUAGAUAAUAUAUUGUGUACAUGUGAUUUCAAUAUUUUACUAAUAAAUUAUGCGGGCUUAUAUGUAUAA